AUGUCCACAUUAAUCCCCAAAACCAGCAAGCUCACCCAUUCAAACUUGACUUCCAAGCGAAAGGCGAGUCUAGGGGAAAUCCAACUUCCACGACGACAAAGUUUUACCGAGAAUUCCCUCGCCUCAAGUUCGAUUUCGGAUCUUGAAAGUUCAACUGAGCAAUCCUCCCGUCCUCCACCUAUCGGGCUGAUUUUGAUGAGCAUGGUCAGCGAUACCUACCAAACCCUCACUGCCCAAUUCAUGGGCCUAUCCGUCAUGCGCACACCCCUACUGCAAAAUCAAAGUGGAUCGAUCGUCAGCGAAAACGAUGAGGACAAUGAGGACUACUUUAGGAAGAAUAUAUAUGAUAUUCGCCGGACGCUCAAACGUUUGUAUAAGGAGUUAUUUUUACUCGAAAAUCUCUCUUCCGACGCCUCCCUGACGACCGACCCGUCGUACCUUCGCUCAAACCUUUUAAGGGAAUGGACGCGUAAUCGGAGCCUUGAAUCAGUGCCAUUACUAAGAGCCGAAAGUAAAAAUUUUAUAUUAUCCUCCUCUUUACCUGAUAUAAAGAACCAUUCGUCGCCCUUAAAACAUUAUUCCCCAUCAGAUUUGAGUUCCCUAGAGAGCAAUACCAUUUCCUCCAGAAGUCUCCCCAAUGUGAUCACGCCAACCAACCUCUCGAUCGAAAAUGAGUCCGAUUUCAUCCAUGAUUCCAAACUUAUAUUCCAAGACCCACCUUUUCACCUCCAAAACCUCAAAUUAAACAUGAACCGAGCGCAGCCCGAGAAGAUAGGGAUGGAUAAACACAGCGAUCUCAACCCGAUUGAAAAUUCUCUGGGGGAAUCCACCACCAACGUCGACAUGCGAAGUGAGGUGUAUAGCACCAACAACACUUUUUCCCCGAGUGCCACCGGUUCAAUCCCACCCUUCCCGAUCAUCUCCAAUCUAAAAGCUGGAAACUACACCCUCAUACUGGAUAACAUCAACGGCUUUGACUUGGACGUUCCCCUGAAUGAAUUGAAAGUCACCAUCUUCGACUAUCGCAUGGUGUAUGAAAAAAAAGAGUACGUUCUUCGGCCUUUUAGUGGUCGAACCUUACCAAGGAAACAAACGGUGUUGAGCGCGGAAAGACGAAAGGCUUCGUAUGCGUUUCACACCCCAACGUUCCAUUUCACCCUAGAAAACGAUCACCAAUUGGCGGUUUUUGCGUUGAUGGUGCGCCAUUUCCAACGUUUGGUUUGUUGGGCGGUCCUUUGCGCGGUGGAUUUGUCUGUGUGGGAGGAACCUUUACGAGGUGCGCCCUACAACAUCAAAAGAGCCCUAAAAUAUGACGGGCAACUCCUCGAAAACGCUACAAUUAGUGGCGAAAUUCAACCUGUCAGCCCCAACCACAGCGACACUUGCGGGACAAAUCACAAAACAAACGCCGAUCAAAGCCCCAGCGAUGAUUCCGACGAUGACAACAGCCGACUCUCCUCCCUCAGCGACUCCAGCGCCUCCGGGGAUGACGAAAACGACCCGGGGCGGCGAAAUUCCAAACUAAACGCCAACGCCAGCCCUAAACAACAUCAAAUGGCUUCCAAACCCUCCGCAUUACGCUGUUCUUUAUUAUCCACCUCGGAGGAUCGAAUCGAGCCCGAUUCCCCCACCGACCACGACGCGCAUAACGAGGAAACUGCAGAUAUCGACGAGGGCGACGAGGCCGCCGACAUCACCUCGGCCAACCGAAAAUAUUCCGAUCUCAAAGAACUUUCGCCGCGAAUAUCCGGGCCGCAGCCCCCCCCGACCCGCCCGACGAGCGCCUUUCGGCAUGUUUCCUCCUUCGACCCCCGCGAGACCUCAGCAAGCGAAUCCACCGCCUCCCUUUCGACGUCCUCACAGGAAUUUCCCGCGGAUGGCCGGGGGAAACUUUCCGAUCGGCCCUACCGCUUUUCCCACAAGGAAUAUCAGCCGCGCGUGGACCGCGAGGGCCGGCUGGUAGUCCCGAAGGACUACAAACGCCAUGACGCCCCGGCCGCCAAGUUCGACCUCGACCCUUUUGACAAGUCCGUUUCGGAGGAGUUCGAUCUUUGGGAGUAUUUGGGAGGGGACUCCCUCGCCGAAUCGCCCGAGCCGCGGCCCCGGCGAGCGGCCUCGAAGGGGGAAAUCACCCUCGAGCUGGAUCGGGUGUUCGGUGUGCCGUUGAACGCGAUUUAUACGCGGGUGGUGGUGUAUUUGAUGGACGCCGUGGAGGAUCGAAGUGGAGAGAUCCUUCAUUCGUUGCGUGCGCCGGGUUGUUUUCUGCGGGAGCCGGAUUUAAUCGCCUAUCAAACCCCCGCCUCCAGCCCUGCUGAUCCCGAAUUUAGCGCGAGGAUCGAUUUCAAUCCCGGCCCGCACACCGCCGCGGUGGUGGUGGUGGAGUACCUCACGGGGGAUGAGAGGUGGCCCAUCGUCUUGGGCCAUUCCCACCUCCCGCUCGACCCGCCGGGGUCAGGGGGGAAAUUUUUAUCCCGCCUUCGCCUGGGCGACCCCCGCCGCUCCGAGGCGCGGGGCUUUCCCCCCCCUCAAUCGGCCCCGGCGAAAGUAAUCGACGCCCCAAUCGACCUCGAGGGGAGUAUGGACGCGCAGGCCCUGCACAAUCGCCUCGCCGAGGCCCCGCGGACGCGCGCGGCGUGCGUCCCGAUGGGGUUCCUCGCCUGGCGUUUCCACGCCGAACACAACGAGGGGUCCUAUGAUCUUUUCCCCGGGGAAUUGGCCCCCUCUCAACAGGAACUUCACCUUUGGGCCUCCCGACAAACCACCCAAAUCCCCAGCCCGAGGGAUCUCGGACUCACGGAGGCCGCCGUCGAGGGGGUGUUUUCCGCCCCGGCGCGCCUGAUGAACGAUCAGAUUAGUUUUUUGAGUUUGUUCGACCCCAAUCGCGGGCUGUUUUUGAGUAUCGGGUGUUUGCGGGGGUUGGGGAUGGGGGACAUCGCCGUCUACGUCAUCGCCGUGCAUUUGCUGGAAAAGCGCACGCCCCACUCUUCCAGCGACGCGAGCGAGCGGGACGAGCAGAAAUGGCGGUAUUUGUUUUGUACGCGGCCCGCCGACUCCACGUCGGAUGUGGGGAUUCUCGAUUUUGCCGAUCCACCUUUGGUGUUGUCUGAUCUCGACUAUCAUCCGCACAGUAUGGUGUUUUUCACGGUGAUUAAGGUCUCCUUUUCCGCGAUAACAGACUCGUGGGGAAAUUCAAAGAAUGGAAGUACACACGCCAGGCCGCUCUCGGCGAGCGAGCAUACGUUAAAAAUUGAGGAAAUCGGAUGGACAGCAAACAGGCUCUUUUUAGAUAAACCCGGAAUUCUUCGACAAGGUCGAUUUGCACUACCACUAUUAAAAAUGUCUAUUUUAAAAAAUGUCCUGCGAGGGUUGAAAAAAGAAAGCUUCAACAACAUUUUUAUAAAGAAUAUCAACGAACAAAAAUCCUCUUUUAUUUCACCUAAAACGACGCUAACGGUUGCGCAAGGUGAUCCGGCGUGUAUGAUUCAAAUUCUGAGCGACCUGCCAGGACAGCCGCAGAUUCAUAAACUUUUGAUGCCGUUAACCAUGCGAAAUAGUUUUCCAACCAACGCGAAUGAGGGUGCGAUUGGGUAUACUUUAAAAAGUGCUUAUGAAUCUAACCUACGAAUGGACGAAAAAAUGCUUACAAAUAAAGUCUGUUUCGAGGUUGAUAAAUAUUUAAAACAGAAUUCCGGAAAAAUACCGGGUUAA